UGUAGUAUAAGUAGUAGUAGGGCCCAUCAGAAUGUGGAAUGAAUUUGCACCGCUUAAAUCAUCUCAUCUUUUUAUGAUAUAUUGAGACUACAGCACUUCAAGAUGUCUCUACAACCACUGAAGUAUCUCAACAAGCUUGCCGGCAAGCACGUACUUGUGUUCGGGGCAACAUCUGGCAUUGGCUUCUGUAUCGCCGAAGCGGCUGUCGAGCAUGGGGCCAAGGUUGUUAUCUCAGGCUCGAACCAGGACCGCAUUAAUAAGACAAUCGAACGAAUCAAGAAGUCUUACCCGAAUACCCAGUCAGGUCAGAUCACGGGCCAUGUUGUCGAUUUAUCCGAUACCGCCAACCUGGAGUCGAACCUAAACAAAUUGUUUGCCUCUGUAUCGACUGAUAGCAAGAUCAAUCAUAUUGCUUUCACCACUGGAGACGCGCUUCGGGUUCCACCACUUUCGGAUACCACGCCUGAAGACUUCCAAGCAAGUGGAAAUGUACGCACACUUGCUCCACUCAUGCUCGCCAAGGUCCUGCCCAAAUACAUGGACCUGAGCCCGGGUAAUUCAUUUACUCUGACAGGGGGAACCAACUCUGAUCGACCCAUGCCAGGAGCUACCCUGAUGGCCUUGCGUGGUGCUUCCAACGAAGGUCUCAUGAGGGCCCUUGCCGUGGACCUUGCGCCGAUGCGAGUAAAUUUAGUCUCACCUGGUGCGAUACAGACAGAACUGUGGUCAUCAUUCAAGUCAUCGGAGGCGGAAGAAGGAUUCGUCAAGAAGAUGACUACUGAGACGCUUCUGAAGGAGGUCGGAAAGCCAGAGGACACGGCUGAGGCGUACAUAUACGCUAUGAAGGAUCGAUUUGUGACUGGGGUCGUUCUGCAUACCAACGGAGGAAGGCUGCUGGCGAACAGUUAGGUAGUUUCCCAUCAUGUUCCAAUCAAGGGUGCUGCAUUUUUGUUAUAACUAAACAGCCCCUGGGGUCCUAAGUUUGUUCGACAGUGAGUAGGUUUGUGGGUUAGCAAAACAGACUCUGCUAAUCAAUACGUGAUCCCCGGGAGCUCGUCAGGAUCGCUGUAUCGCUAUUGCAAACAUGAUCUUGUAACCAUGUGAUCUCUCAAACAUCCAAAUUUCAGAGUUCGAUUUUGCUUAGGGUUUG